CAAAUUCUCAAAGCUUUGUUUUCCUGUGAUUCGCCGGAGCGCGGAGUGGGCAACCGAAUCCGGAACUCAAUCCAAGGACUUCGCCACUUUGACUGAAUACCUUCGAUCUGUGAUCCUGGUCCCAAUUCGAUUUAUCCCGCCACCCGCGUCGCCCGCUCGUAAACGCAGUCGGAAUUGCUGAAUACGAUUGACACGGAAGAACGCCAUUCAAUCAAUCAAUCCAGCGCUUGCCCCAAGCUCGCCUCAGACUUAUAUAAGGCAUGGAUCCCUCGACGGAGACGACUGGCAACUCACUUCCACCCCCAACGGUCCCGAUGCGAAAUUCACGUACCCUCGUUCUAUGUUUCGACGGCACCGCCGACCAGUACGACGCUGAGAAUACCAACGUUGUUAGGCUGUUUUCACUCCUACAAAAGGGCAAUAAUUCUUCCCAAUUGGUAUAUUAUCAGCCAGGUGUCGGAACGUAUCUCGAACCCGGAGUUGUUUCUCCUCUCUUUACUUGGGGGGCGAAGGUACUGGACGAGGCCGUCGCUUGGUAUCUGCCACAACACGUCAUUGGAGGGUAUACAUACUUGAUGAGCAAUUAUAGUGUGGGCGAUAAAAUUUGUUUAUUCGGUUUCUCCCGAGGCGCCUACACAGCCAGAGCUCUCGCUGGUAUGCUCCGUGCUGUCGGUCUCCUGCCUAGAGACAACUCAGAGCAGGCCGGAUUCGCAUUUCGCCUCUACUCUUCAGAGAAGUUGUCGGACCAGCAGCUCGUGCCUGGAUUUAAGAGGACGUACUGCCGCGAUGUGACGGUUGAAUUCCUCGGUGUUUGGGAUACGGUUGAAAGCGUUGGCAUUAUUAUGACCAAGUCGCUGCCGUUUGUUUCAACUAACGAUUCGAUUCGCACAUUCCGUCACGCUCUCUCAUUGGAUCAGCACCGCGCCAAGUUCAGGCCCUCGCUCUAUCAUAGGCCGACCCCCCAGACCGCCAUGACCGCCGCCGCGGAGGCUACCUCGAAGGAUACGAAGAAAGAACACAGGCGUCCAUUCCUUGACGUUGGAUUCAGGCGCCGUCCCCGGCAAUCGCUCGGUGACAAGGAACGUAUUCUGCAACCCCCAGCCUCUGAGCAACACGAAGAUGCGGCGAACACGGUCAAGCGGCCGGACUUCGUGACCGAUUCCAAGGAGGUCUGGUUUGCCGGGUGCCAUGCCGACGUGGGAGGCGGAGCAGUACCUGAUGGAACGAAGUAUUCAUUGGCGGAUAUCACGUUACGUUGGAUGGUUCGGGAGAUCAUGUUGAGCCAGUGCGGCAUCAUAUUUGAAGACGAUGCUCUGGAACGUUUGAAUAUCCCUCUCACGGUCAUGCACUCCAUGGGCUCGACUGGAGGAGGUCCACAGAUACCCGAUGCUGGAAUUCUCCCCGCCCCUGUCCCCCAAGAAAUUAGCGAACCGUAUGUAGUUGCAGGCGCAAGUGACGCAGAGUCUCAAUCUCGACAGCCACUCCAAACAAGCCGCUCCGGCCGUGAUCUGUUCGUGCCAGGGAGCGGUCCGUCCCGAAGCCCGAGCCCGAAUCCUUGGAAAGCGAGAGAAAUCACGGAUAUGAAACAGCCACUCCACGAUGAGAUGAAGAGAAAUAUUUUGUGGUGGCUGUUGGAGAUCAUACCCACGAAGGCAACUUGGCAGGACGUGCAAGGAAAUUGGCACUCAUCCUGGAGUCUGCACUGUGGACGAGGGAGAUACGUGCCGCCGAACUCCCUAUUUCAUUCGAGCGUCAAGCUUCGAAUGGACGACGAAGCUAUGAACUACAAGCCCAAGGCGGUCUAUCAGGCAGAGACUAUCAAGUUCGUGGACUAAGAGUUACGGUGUUGCAUUCUUCCUGUUCGUACCUGAACCGCCCCGUCCUCUUUGAUUUCCCAGUGUUUAUGUCUUCGAAUGAGGAUUUCCUUCUUCUUUUCUUGUUUGCAGAUUACUCGAAGUAUUGAAUGGUCGUAGGCUCAGCAUACGUUUACGGUUUAUUUAUUUGAUCCCCUUUCCCUUGGCCCGUCCACCACGAACACGACAGCAUUGACCAUUACGACGACUCUGGACGAACAUCAUGACAUCGAACGGAACGGUAUCUUUAUUGCCUACGAAUAUUUUUUGCCCAGAUCGCAUUAGCAUUACCUUGCGUAAUAUCAUUUCUUUAGGCUCUCCUUUGCAUCCCCGCUGCAUCC